AUGUCAAUCAAAGUUGGAAUUAAUGGUUUUGGAAGAAUUGGAAGAUUGGUUGCAAGAGUGAUUCUUACCCGCCCCGAGUUCGACUUGGUUGCUUUGAACGACCCAUUCAUGGACCCAAAGUACAUGGAAUACAUGCUCAAGUAUGAUACUGUCCAUGGAAAGUUCCCAGGCACCAUUGCUGUUGAAGGAGGCAACUUAAUCAUUGAUGGGCACAAAAUUAUUGUUGUAGCUGAAAAAGACCCGGCUCAAAUUGGAUGGGGGAAACUCGGUGUAGACUAUGUUGUUGAAUCCACUGGUGUCUUCACCACAAUCCCUAAAUGCGAAGCUCACCUUAAGGGAGGUGCCAAAAAAGUCAUCAUCUCCGCACCAUCUGCUGAUGCCCCAAUGUUUGUUGUUGGUGUCAACACUGAAGCCUACAAACCAGAGAUGAACGUUUUGUCCAAUGCCUCGUGCACUACCAACUGCCUUGCUCCACGUGCCAAGAUUAUCAAUAAUGAGUUUGGUAUUAUUGAAGCAUUGAUGACCACCAUCCACUCCACUACUGCUACUCAAAAGACAGUCGACGGUCCAUCCGGAAAGGACUGGAGAGCUGGCAGAUGCGCGGGUUGUAACAUCAUUCCAGCUACUACUGGGAUUGGGGGAAAACUCGCCCCUAUACAAACUCGCCCCCCCCCGAGAAUUCACCCCUGUAAUUUCACAAAAGUUCAACACAAGUUCAACAAAAUUUCAACAAUAAAUUUUUGUAUACAAUAA